CUGGGUCCUGCCCGUCCAGCCGGCCCCGCCCGCCCGGCCCUGGGGAGGGAUGCGGCGGCGCGGCGCCCAGGAUGCCCCGCAGCCCCGGGACGCGCCUCAAACCCGCCAAGUACAUCCCGGUGGCCACGGCGGCCGCACUGCUGGUCGGCUCCAGCACCCUGUUCUUCGUAUUCACGUGCCCAUGGUUGACACGAGCUGUGUCCCCAGCCGUUCCUGUCUACAAUGGCAUCCUCUUCCUCUUUGUGCUGGCCAACUUCAGCAUGGCCACCUUCAUGGACCCUGGCGUCUUCCCCCGAGCGGAUGAGGACGAGGAUAAGGAGGAUGACUUCCGGGCCCCGCUGUACAAGAACGUGGAUGUGCGGGGCAUCCAGGUCCGUAUGAAAUGGUGCGCCACCUGCCACUUCUACCGCCCGCCGCGCUGCUCCCACUGCAGCGUCUGCGACAACUGCGUGGAGGACUUCGACCACCACUGCCCCUGGGUCAACAACUGCAUUGGGCGCCGCAACUACCGCUACUUCUUCCUGUUCCUGCUGUCGCUCAGUGCUCACAUGGUGGGCGUCGUAGCCUUCGGCCUGGUCUACGUGCUGAACCAUGCCGAGGGGCUGGGUGCCGCGCACACCGCCAUCACCAUGGCCGUCAUGUGUGUGGCCGGCCUCUUCUUCAUCCCUGUCAUCGGCCUCACUGGCUUCCACGUGGUGCUGGUCACUCGGGGCCGCACCACCAAUGAGCAGGUGACGGGGAAGUUCCGUGGGGGUGUGAACCCCUUCACCCGCGGCUGCUAUGGGAACGUGGAGCACGUGCUGUGCAGCCCCCUGGCGCCCCGGUAUGUGGUGGAGCCGCCCCGGCUGCCGCUCGCUGCUCGCCUGAAGCCGCCCUUCCUUCGGCCGGAGCUCCUGGAGCGAGCGGCACCGCUCAAGGUCAAGCUUAGUGACAACGGGCUGAAGGCUGGCCUGGGCCACAGCAAGUCCAAGGGCAGCCUGGACCGGCUGGAUGAGAAGCCGCUGGACCUGGGGCCACCGCUGCCCCCCAAGGCGGAGGCCGGCACAUUUGGCAGCGACCUGCAGACCCCACGCCCCGGCAGUGCUGAGAGCGCCCUGUCGGCGCAGAGGACCAGCCCCCCGACACCCGCCAUGUACAAGUUCCGGCCCGCCUUUCCCACGGGUACCAAGGCUUCCUUCUGUGGGCCAGGCGAGCAGGUCACGGGCACUGACUCCCUGACGCUGGGGGAGGACAGCAUCCACAGCCUGGACUUUGCAUCCGAGCCCAGCCUGGACGUCCCUGACUACCCACCCAGCAGCCUGCAUGCGGCCUACCCACCAUCCCCACCACUCAGUGCUGCUGACACCUUCUCAGGCGCCUUGCGCUCCCUGAGCCUCAAGGCCGCCAGCCGGCGGGGCGGGGACCACGUGGCCCUGCAGCCCCUGCGCUCUGAGGGUGGGCCCCCCACGCCCCACCGUGGCCUCUUUGCCCCCCACGCGCUGCCCAACCGCAACGGCAGCCUGUCCUACGACAGCCUGCUGAACCCUGGCUCUCCCGGGGGCCACACGUGCCCGGCCCACCCCUCAGCUGGCGCAGCCAGCUACCGCUCGCCCUACCUGCACGCGGGGGCAGCGGGCGACCCACCACGGCCCCCGCCCCGCAGCUUCAGCCCCGUGCUGGGCCUGCGGCCUCGGGAGCCCUCACCUGUGCGCUACGACAACCUGUCCAGGACCAUCAUGGCCUCCAUCCAGGAGCGCAAGGACAGGGAGGAGCGUGAGCGGCUGCUGCGCUCUCAGGCUGACUCGCUCUUUGGCGACUCGGGCGUCUACGAUGCACCCAGCUCCUAUAGCCUGCAGCAGGCCAGCGUGCUGUCCGAGGGCCCCCGUGGCCCCGCGCUGCGCUGCAGCUCCAGGGACGACCUGGUGGCCGGGCCCGGCUUCGGGGGCGCCCGCAACCCCGCGCUGCAGGCGUCGCUGUCCUCGCUGUCCAGCGCCGUAAGCCGGGCGCCGCGGACCUCCUCUUCCUCCCUGCAGGCAGACCUGGCCAACAGUGGCGCCCCGGGGGCCCGGCCCGCCAGCGGCUCGCACAGGUCGCCCGUGCGCCAGGUCCCUCCGUCCCCACCUAGCACUCCCCGCUCGCCCUCCUACGUGGGCCCCAAAGCCGUCGCCUUCAUCCAAGCGGAGCUCCCAGAACCGCCGCCCUCGCUGUCUGUGCAGAGGGACCACCCUCAGCUGAAGACCCCCCCAAGUAAGCUUAAUGGGCAGUCCCCGGGCCUGGCCCGCUUGGGGCCUGCCACCGGCCCCACAGGGCCCUCCGCCAGCCCCGCCCGGCACACGCUCGUUAAGAAGGUGUCCGGCGUGGGUGGGACCACAUACGAGAUCUCGGUGUGAGGACUGACUG